AGGUCAAGGGCGGUUUGCACUGACAGGUUAAACGUGCGAGCGCUUGUAUUCUGUAGCUAACGUUAGUUACUGCAAAAUAACAUUGCAACUGCUAGCAAACGUUAGCUAGUCUAGAGAUGUUGACUGUGCAGCGGUGCACAGGAAUGCUGUGCAGAUUCAACCAUAUUCCCAGGUGCGCCAUCUCCCUGAGCUGUGUGGUGUCCUCGAAGCAGAAGCACACCCUUCCCGAUCUAACGUACGACUAUGGGGCCCUGGAACCGCACAUCAGUGCGGAGAUCAUGCAGCUGCACCACAGCAAACACCACGCCACAUAUGUCAAUAACCUCAAUGUCACAGAGGAGAAAUACAAGGAGGCAUUAGCCAAGGGUGAUGUUACUGCACAGGUUGCUCUGCAGCCUGCUCUGAAGUUUAAUGGUGGUGGCCAUGUCAACCACACCAUAUUCUGGACAAACCUGUCCCCUAAUGGAGGAGGGGAACCUCAAGGGGAGCUAAUGGAGGCCAUAAAAAGAGACUUUGGCUCUUUCGAGAAGCUGAGGGAGAAGAUGUCCAUGGCGUCGGUUGCUGUGCAGGGCUCCGGCUGGGGUUGGCUGGGCUACGACAAGGAGAGCGGGCGGCUAAGAGUUGCUGCCUGCAGCAACCAGGACCCCCUGCAGGGAACCACAGGUCUUAUUCCUCUCCUAGGAAUUGAUGUGUGGGAGCACGCUUACUAUCUCCAGUACAAGAACGUCAGGCCGGAUUACGUCAAGGCCAUCUGGAAUGUUGUGAACUGGGAGAAUAUUACAGAGAGGUUUCAGUCGGCUAAGAAAUGAGACCUGUCACACUACGCUAAUGAAUACUUCUCAUUAGGACAUACCCUUGCCAGUACACUUUAUGCAGUGAUUCAGACCAACUUAUAAAACACUUAUUCUAUAGGCAGGUUGAGUGAAUCGGUUCAAAAAAUAGUAAUGUUCAGAUGAGAACGCUGUUUAUCCCAGUCAUCAGUUUAAAAUCCAAAAAUGUUAAGAAUAUGGUUUACUUGUGUUUAAUAAAAAUAUAUAACAA